AUGUUUGCUUCUUCAACCACGACGCAGUCGCCUAUCCACAGGUCGCUGCCCCAGGCAUACGCAGAGAUCCUGAACGAUCUCAACCAAAAGGUGAUCUCAGCCCAGCCCCAGGAUGUCCUCCAGUUCUGCGCCAACUAUUUCAACCAGAAACUCGAGGAACAGCGCAUUCGAUUUCUUGUGCAAGGAUGGGUUGGAUCGGAUGGAUUGGACGUACACCGUAUGACAAGGGUAUAG